GUCGCGCGGUCGCGCCGGCGGCGGCCCGCAGUCCCGCUGUGCACGCGGCGAGGAGCGCACCGCGGGCUACCGAGACGCGGCGCGUACUCGGCCAGGAGCGGAGAGCGACCGGGGGAAGCGGCUCGCGUCGCGUCGGGCCUCGCGAUGCGAGAGGGCGGUCGGCGGCGAGUCCACCGGAAGGACCUCUAGCCGGAGACGACAGGGAGCAGCCACUAGGACUAUCCGCAGGAUGAUGAACGCGUUCCUGGACACCGUUUCGCACCACCCGCACCACCUGGCGAACCUGGGGAUCAAGCUGUCGCCGGGCGGCGAGGGUGCGGCAGGGGGCGCGGGGGUGGCCGACGGCGGCGGCCCCGGGGUCCAGCCCGUGGCGGGCGAGGCGCCGCAGCAGCACCACUUCCACCCCCAGGGCUACCCACCGCCCCACCACCCCCACAUGGCGCCGCAGAUGGGCCACCACAUGGGACACCCCGGCUACGCGGCUCGCGACUUCCUUCUGAGGCGGGAGCACGAGUUCAACGCCGCCGCCAACCCCACCACCCCCGAGAGCGGCCUCGGACUCUUCACCCCGCUCCACCAUGACGGAACCGCCGCCGGCAUGCAGCAGUUCCCGCACCACCCUGGCCAGCACCCCCUCGCCGGGCACUACCCUGGUCCCCACUAUCCCCAGGACGGGAGGCUACCUCCGCCGCAUCAUCACCAGUACCUCGCCGCCGCUCCUCACCUACCUGCCUCGAUUCAUCAUCAGCAACACCCCGCGGUCUCGCACCCUGGACACCAUCCCCAUGGGGCGUUCCUUAGGUACAUGAGGAGCGGCGCCACCCCUGGCGCCGGGCCUGGCCAGCGCCAGGAGAUGUCCUGCAUGUGGGUCGACCAGGACGCUCCGGGACCUGGGUCUGGCCGGAAACUGUGUGGGAAAUUGUUUAACUCUCUUCACGAUAUCGUCACCCACCUGACCGUCGAACACGUGGGCGGCCCGGAGUGCACCACCCACGCGUGCUUCUGGCAAGGGUGCUCCAGGAAUGGACGCGCCUUCAAGGCCAAGUACAAACUCGUCAACCACAUCAGGGUGCACACCGGGGAGAAACCGUUCCCUUGCCCCUUCCCUGGGUGCGGCAAGGUCUUCGCCAGGUCGGAGAACCUCAAGAUCCACAAGAGGACCCAUACCGGCGAAAAGCCGUUCAAGUGCGAGUACUCCGGCUGCGAGAGGCGGUUCGCCAACAGCAGCGAUCGCAAAAAGCACAGCCACGUCCACACGUCCGACAAGCCUUACAAUUGCCGCGUCUCCGGAUGCGACAAGUCCUACACCCAUCCGAGCUCGCUGCGCAAACACAUGAAGGUGCACGGGAUGACGUUGGGCGAGGGUAAGCUGGGGGGCGGGUACGAGAGCGAGGGAGAGGAGAGCAGCAGCAGCGGGGGAAGUCUCUCGGUGACGGGACACAACGAGUCUCCCCAGCCGGCUUCGGCGGUUGUCUCUUCCAGCGGAGCCUCCACCAAUCAGGGGACGAGUCACCCUCCCAGCAGAGGGCCGGAGCUCACCGAGUGGUACGUGUGCCAACCCCCUGCCGUGGGGUCCCAGCACAGCCCGUUGCCUGGUCCACCACCACCCCAUCACCUGGGCCACCACUUCAACCCCCUCAUGCACCAUCAGGCUACGGCGUAUUAACCAUGGCUCGCGACUGAGAGGUGGCCGGAAGUGUUGGACUCGGUCCUGAGGAGCGACCACGAGUGAUCGGGACCAAGGGAUGGUCCUGGUAGGUGCACGGGGGUAGGUCGGAUGUUGCGCCGGGGGAGGGAAUGGCAGAAUCGAGGGAAUCAUCGGCAUCGACACCUGGAGAGGCAUCUUCAUCGGCAUUGCAUGGAACGAUGUGGGCACCAGAAGAAAGUCAUCAUCGGCGCUGGAAAGAAAUUCAUCAUCAGCAGGUUAUAGAAAGUUAUCAUCAGCGGUAUUAGGCAGUAGCAACCCUAGGUUGACGGUGAUGGUGACGGUGUUGCGGUGGGUCAGGAAUUUCAAGACCUGGACAGCAAGAAACGGGACACCCAGGAGUCCCAAAACUGGAGCCGAUGACCACACCAGUGUCCAGCGGGAUGUAAUGGUGCGAAGUCGAAUCACCUGGAACCCUUGCCAAUGAUCCCGUCGGGACGUCUCUCCCAGGACUUCUCCCUCCUCCUGGAUGCUAAUGACCACUCGGCCUCGACUAAUUAUCCCUGAGCUUGGAACACGGGAAUUAGAGUCGCUCCUGUAGGACAAAUAAUUAGAUGUCGGGGGACGUGAUCAGAUCUGGAGAUAAGCUCGUCGAUUCGUCCCGACCCGAUCGUUUAUCCGUGGGGCGAAGGAAUCCCGGCGAUGCGAGGCAUUCCAGGAAUUCCGGGGGACCUCGUCCUCGACCUUAUGGGGCCCCAAGGGGGACGAGAAAUCUGGAGGGUCGCAAUCCGAAAACCGAGCGCCGGACCACGAGGAGAACGACGGAUAGCAGGAACGGAUGUACAAGUUCAGCCACGUUUGUGCCUCAAAACGCCGAAGGGAGGUGACGUUCGAUAUUCCGCAACGCGGAAAUCUAUGCGUCCACUCGCGGAAUAUUGUUCCUCCGCGUUUCUUUGCGAGCGCGCGGUGCGUCGAGCUACUCGAUGCGUCCACCCGCGCCCGAUUCCUGGAAACGUCGUCGACGGGGGAAAACGCUCCUCGAAGACGUCCUCGUGGACGAGAGAUUCCUAACGACGUCUUCCAGGUGCGUCACGACCCCUCGAGGACAUCCUCGAAGAGAGUGCCAGGAUAACGUCCUGCGAGGAGUCCCCAUAAUUUCAGUUCUUUCUCCCAUCGGCUGGCGGCAAGAUUCCUGGAAUGAAAGACUUUCUUUCGUUUUUCUUUCUUCCGUAUGAAACUGACCCGAAUCGGAGGAUCAUUUCUCCAUGACUCUCGAGGACGUUCUCCCGGGAUCUUGACAGGAUGUGACGUCGCCAGAGGCGAGCGAAGCGUGAGACCAUAUUGGUCCGACUCGAGCCUUUCUGUCAGCCCGUUAUCGAGCGGAAAAGAAAUUCCGCAGGAUUUUCGCCGACCGCGGGACUGUAAAUAGGAGUCGCGGAUACGAUUAUCGCGACCCGGGGAAUGCAUGAGAAAUUCAUAUUUGCGCGGGAGAGAAAGCCUAAGAUAAGUGUUCAGUGUAAGAUAUGUACCGCGAUCUUAUUGUGUGAUAUCCUGUACAUAUGGAGAGUGAGCUAGGAGGUGAAAUAUCGUAACUGCGAGUGCAUGAGUGCGUGAUACCGAAUACAUGAGAGAAUGCGAGGGUGAGAAAGAGUCCUUGGUAUAAGUAACAUUAUUGUAUUAAUUAUUAUUUCUGUUGUGUACAUUGCUUAGGUCGCAGAGACGAAGGAACGAACGGAGGCCCUCCGCACGGUGUACCAUAUACUAUAACGAUUGUUUUUUUGCAGAGAUACGGAAAAAAUAUAUUGACG